AAAACCCGUAUAUGAAAUAUUUACAAGUCACAAGCCUUCUUUAAACCCCGCUAAUACCUGUUUCUGUACCUUGGUUGUGUGUGUACACAACUGAAUUCACCCGCUGCUCAAAUCUCAAAUCCACUGCUCAAAUCUCGCUGGAUUCGUUGAUUGGAUUGGAUUUUUCUUACUGUUGUGAGUUCAAGUAUAUCCUCAGAAGAGCUCAAGGGACAUAUGUUAUAAUAGAGAUGUCGGUAAACUGCAUAAGAAACCUUCAAUUUCUACAAAGUAUUGAAAAUUUCCUAAAGUCACCCUGGCUUAUGCAAACCUGCUCGUACUCUUCUUUCAAAAAAUCAAAAAAUGAUCCUUUACAGGACCGUAGAAUGAUAGACCGGAUUAGGCUAUCAGCUAAAGGAGGUGACGGGGGAAAUGGUUGUUACAGCAUUCGCCGCAGCAGGCAUGAUCGGCGUGGUAAAGCUGAUGGUGCCAAUGGUGGAAGAGGUGGUGAUGUGAUAUUGGAAUGUUCUCCCAGAAUUUGGGACUUCAGUAGCUUAAAGCAUCACAUUAAUGCACAACGAGGAGGAAAUGGCGCUUCAAAGAAUAUGAUAGGAAGUCGAGGGCCAGAUAAGGUUGUUCUAGUUCCUGUUGGCACCGUAAUUCAUCUAGUAGACGGUGAAAUUCCUGUUAUGGUAGAAAAUAAUUCCUCACCAGAUCUUGAACCAUGGGAUAUCCCCAGUACAGUAGACGUCACUUCCAAAACUACCGAGCAAUCAUCCAAUAACUUGAGUUCCCAGUUGAUGCAGACAAAGUAUAACAAUACUUUGGUGAAUUCAGCCAACACAAAGAAAGCAAGCCAAAGCCCGUCAAAUGAUUCAAUCUCUAAAUUCCCGGAUAUUAGUAACAAGACGUGGGAUGAAGACAGCGAAAGUAAUAUAAAAACUCUGGGGUCUGGGACUGAACCUAAUAUCGUGGGUGAUAAUAUCUCAGAAACAGAGUUGGGAGAAGACAUAGAGGAAGAAGAACAGGUUCGAUAUGAUGUCGCGGAAUUAACUGUACCUGGUCAACAGAUAAUUAUUGCAAGGGGAGGAACUGGAGGGUUGGGCAAUUUGUGUUAUCCAAAAGCCUUUAAGAACCCCAAACUUCUAAAGUUGGGGGAACAGAAGAACAAGGGAGUUGAUGAUAUUGAAUCUGAGGCUAACGGGCAUUCCUCACUUAGCCUUGGCAUGCCUGGUUCUCAUGCUGUUAUAUUACUAGAACUUAAAAGUAUUGCUGAUGUGGGGCUGGUGGGAAUGCCAAAUGCUGGUAAAUCUACUUUAUUAGGCUCUUUGUCCAGAGCUAGGCCUACAGUUGGGCAUUAUGCCUUCACAACUUUAAGGCCUGAUUUGGGGAAUGUGAAUUAUGUGGAUUUUUCAGUUGUAGUGGCCGACAUACCAGGCCUUAUCAAAGGGGCUCAUGAAAAUCGUGGGCUUGGACAUGCUUUUCUUCGUCACAUUGAGCGCACGCAGGUUCUUACUUAUGUGCUUGACUUAGCUGCUGCAUUAGAUGGCAAAACAGGAGUCCAUCCUUGGGAGCAACUGAAAGAUUUGAUUUUAGAGCUUGAGUUCCAUCGCGUGGGUCUAUCAAGUCGUCCAUCAAUAAUUGUGGCAAAUAAAAUGGAUGAACCAGGGGCAGAUAAAGUAUAUGAGGAAUUGAAAAGAAGAGUUCCUGGUGUUCCUAUCUUUCCGGUCUGUGCAGUCCUAGAUGAAGGGGUUGAGGAGCUAAGAAGCAGUCUUAGGAAGCUUGUGAUCGGUGAAGAAUCCCACAGGCUGCAACUUGAUAAUAUAGAGCUUAAUUAGGUUGUCAUCUAUAUUAAUUUAGGUAAGAAUACAAUAAGUUCAUAGAUUUAUUUUGCUCAAGUGAAAACUAUGCUGGCUGUGCAUGCCAACCCUUGGCAUGAGUUUUUUGACAAACAAAAAAACCCUUGGCAUGAUAAUGUACUUAAAACCCAUUCUGCUUGAUUCUGAUAUUACAAAUUUUUGAGGUUUUAA